CGGGCCUACCGGUUCGAGGCCGCGUCUCUUGCUCGCGGCACACAGCAAGUUCCGCCCGCAGGCCUCCCCGGCUCUUGUUUCCGGGGAGGCCUUGCCCUGGAGCGGAAGUAUAUCCGGUGAGGGGCGGGGCGGUUGUGUGCGAAAUUACUCCGGGCCUGGCAACGAGGCCGGACUGGCCAGCGGCCCGGGAACUGGGUCCAGCGGCGAACUUGACCCAACUCUUCCGGCAGCAGGAGGCAGGUGGCAGGUCUGAGGGAGCCUUGGGGCCCUGUGACCUUCCUGUCGUGAGCACCCUGCCCGGCCUUCCCCUCAGAAACCUCGUGGGGGGUGUCCUGAGUGCACGGCCAAGAUGUCCAACCCCUUCCUAAAGCAGGUCUUCAACAAGGACAAGACCUUCCGGCCCAAGCGCAAGUUCGAGCCGGGCACCCAGCGCUUCGAGCUGCACAAGAAGGCGCAGGCCUCGCUGAACGCAGGGCUGGACCUGAAGCUGGCGGUGCAGCUGCCCGCUGGCGAGGAGCUCAACGACUGGGUGGCCGUGCACGUGGUGGACUUCUUCAACCGCGUCAACCUCAUCUACGGCACCAUCAGCGACGGCUGCACCGAGCGCUCCUGCCCCAUCAUGUCGGGCGGCCCCAAGUACGAGUACCGUUGGCAGGACGAGCACAAGUUCCGGCGGCCCACGGCACUGUCAGCCCCCCGCUACAUGGACCUGCUCAUGGACUGGAUUGAGGUGCAGAUCAACAAUGAGGACGUCUUCCCCACCAACGUCGGCACGCCGUUCCCCAAGAACUUCCUGCAGGUGGUGAAGAAGAUCUUGUCGCGGCUCUUCCGCGUGUUCGUGCAUGUGUACAUCCACCACUUCGACCGCAUCGCGCAGCUGGGCUCCGAGGCUCACGUCAACACCUGCUACAAGCACUUCUACUACUUUGUCACUGAGUUCGGCCUUAUCGACACCAAGGAGCUGGAGCCACUGAAAGAAAUGACCGCACGGAUGUGCCACUGAGAGCCCUCGGCCCUGUCAUCUCUGCGGCCACACCCUGGGGGCCCGCUGCGGCUACGCGCCACAUCUCCAGCACAGGGACCAGUGUUUUCUAGCCCAGCAGAUUCUGGGCUUAUCAGGGUUGCAUCCUCUCUCCGGUUCCAAGGUGGCAGCAGCCAUUAGUCCGGUCCUCUCUGGGCCCCAGUCUCCUCAGCCGUCACAUCAUGAGGGAGAUGGGAAUUUGAACUCUGUGAUUCUCUGUGUUGUGAGCAACCAGGAAAACCCACUUUGUUUGGAAACCACUUGCAUUUGCCAGGAGGCUGGCCCACCUUGGGUCUGUCUCCCGACCAGCCAGCAUGCUCGGCCACCGGCUCUGGGGCCCAGUCAGCGAGGCCAUGGCCGUGCAGCACUUCCCACCAUGGCCCAGGUCUGGUUUCGAGCGGUACGAGCACCUGGCUUCUGUCCUCCCUGCGUCCUCCCCUAGCCACUUCUGUCCGCCAUUCCUCCAGGACCCUGGGCUCAUCCAUCAGUUUCCCAAGCCUGCGCCUGCAUCCCACAUUUCUUGGGGCCCCUUCAUGUCACAUAAAAGAGUGGAUUAUUAUAGUUUCAUUUACAACUGCUGUAAGAGGUUACUAGGAGAAAAAAAAAAAAACUUUUUACCUACAGGUAGUCUUCCCCUUGCCCUCUAGAAAAAUAUCCCCUUUUUGCCAUGAAUAACAGGGUGACUCUCCCAGGGAGCACCUCUCCCUGGGUGUACAACCUUUGAAUUUCACCUAAUGCCUGCCAACAUCAUAUGGAAACACUUUGUGUGCCACCCUGCCCCCCCCCCACCCCAAGACUCUGGGACCAAACCCCAGCACCUUCUCCCUGCAGAAGCUGGAGCGGGGGCACUCCACCAGCCACCUCCCUGCCCACAAGCAGCAUCCUUGGUGGCCUUUGGCCAUGGCAACCCUACCUGCCCAGGCCAUGCUGGUUCCAAGUUACCUCUAGGUGUCAGGGAGAGGGCCCGCCACCAACACUGAACAAGUGCAAUUAACAAACGCAACCUGGGCCUCAGUCCUUCAGAAGCCACCGGCCCUGCUCCUGGAGGCCUGGAAGGACUUCAUGAAACUGGCCAAUCGAAUGUAGCUCCUUUUAGAUGCAGAACCACAACCAAAAGCCAUAACCACUGUGCCUCUCCAGGUCACCAGCCAGGUCAAGGAAGGCAGUGGGACUGGGGGAGAGAGUCUCCUGCCCACCCUCCUGCUCAUGUGGGUAUUCCCACAGGAACAUCAGAAUAAAGCAGUCUCCUUA